AUGUCGAAAGAAACAGCGUCUAUGAGAGAAAUACAACACAACCGACAACUCAUUGUGCAAGCUCUAAAUAAGAACACAACAAACUUUUCAAACUAUUCUAAGAUAUCUGAGUCAUUGAAAGAAGGAAACUUAAAACUGACGAUAAACCCAUUGACAGACGAGUUUCUGUUUCAAGACAGUAAGAACCAUACUGUUUGUAUAAAUCCAACAAAAAGAACUUUAAACGAGAAACCUAUAGAUGAACUUCUUUUGAAAGCAGAUAUUGACAACAAAGCUGACAAAGAGUAUGUUGACGAUGAGUUAGCACGUGUGGCUAGUGCGUUAGUGAAGAAGGCAGAUAAGGAAUAUGUGAAUGAAAAGGAUGAAAAAAUUAAAGAAAUGGUUGAAUGGUACCAUGAACGGACAACAAAGAUUUUAGAAGGUAAAGCCAAUACAGGGUGGGUUUCAGGAUGUUUAGACCUUAAAGCUGACAAAACAUAUGUUAACGAUGAGUUAAAGAAGAAAGCAGACUCGACAUGGGUAGCUGGAUAUGUAGAUGCAACAAAAGAGUAUAUUUUCACAUGGACAGAAGGAACAUACUCACAAAAAUAUCAUAGACAUAGCAUCUCUGACGUAAAUGAACUUGAAGAAAAGUUAUAUAAGAAAGCAGACAAAACAGAGCUUCAAACAUUAAAGACAGAAAUACUUCAAACACUAUAUCCUAUAGGUUCUAUUUACACGUCAAUGAACUCUACCAGACCAGAAGUAGUACUUGGUCUCGGAACUUGGACUCAAAUAGUCGACAGGUUUUUGUAUUGUGCAAACUCUUCAAAGGAAACAGGUGGAA